AUGGCGGGGAGAGCCAACAUCCCGACCAACAGUUCUGCGCUAAUCGCCAUCAUCGCCGAUGAGGACACGGUGACUGGCUUUUUGUUGGCUGGAGUUGGCAAUGUGGAUCUGAGAAAGAAAACAAAUUAUCUUAUUGUUGAUAACAAAACAACAGUUAAACAAAUUGAAGAUGCAUUUAAGGAGUUCACCUCUAGAGAGGACAUUGCGAUUGUACUCAUCAGCCAAUAUGUUGCAAACAUGAUAAGGUUCUUGGUAGAUGGCUACAACAAACCUGUUCCUGCUAUACUGGAGAUCCCGUCCAAGGACCAUCCAUAUGAUCCAGCGCAUGACUCGGUUCUUUCUCGCGUGAAGUAUCUAUUUUCUGCUGAAUCAGUGGCCUCAGAUAGGCGAUAA